AUGUCGUCUCGCCGUGAAUAUCAGAUUCCGCGGGAAAAGUACUUCAUAAAAUUAUUAUAUAAUGAGAAGAAGGUGUGCGUUGCACGUGUUUUCAUAAACACGAAGAAAAUAUUAAAAUUGAAAGUUUUUUUUCACAACUGUAUUUUUUAUACGUAUUUUGGUGGUAAAAACGGAGUACUUUGUGGUGUUGUUGCUAAAUUAUGGGUGAGUUUUUCAUUUAUUUUGACUGAAUUUUUUUUUCAUGUAGAAAUAUUUAUCCACGAAAUGGAUUACUACAUUUUUGAUAUUUUUUCUCAAGGUGAAUCCGGUGAAUCUAGUAGUUCGUUACAUCGUUAUCCCUCGUAUAGUGAAUUUCACGAGGCUUUGGAUUCAUACGAAGUGAAGACGAAAACUCAUUACACAGUUUUGUCAGAAACCAAAGAUUUCAACAAAGAUCAAUGUUUACAAGAGGUUUUAGAAGCCUCUUCAUCACCUCAAAUUUGUUGGCAAUUAACACAUAAAGAAGACAGUCUUCCCAUUCAUUUUAAUGGCAUACCAUAUAUAUGGCUCGGUACAAAGAAAUAA